CCAUGCCUUUGCUGUGGCACUCAAGGGUGGCCUGUGUGGAGUUGUGUUCUGUGGGGAGGCGAAGAAACGAGGGGGGCUCCUGCCUCUGAAACACAUCUCUGUUCCUAACCGUAAAGGGCAGUGAUGUCAUGGCGGUGACGCCAUCUCCUGGGAUGGAUGCAGAUAAGGACUGUGUAGGAGGGUGUUGGAAUCGCUCUCUGAAGAGGUUGGAGCUAAAACAAGCCCUGGUUUUGGCUGGCACUCAAGACAAAUAGAGUUUGAAAGGGGAAAACUAUUCCAGUUUGGUUUCACAUUGAAUUGCGAGCUGGGCUGGAAAGAGGAAAUCGGCUGCCAGGACCUCUGUUCUUCCACCCUCCCCUUUCCCCUCAUUCAAAACUCAUUCUGUCACACACUGGGCAAAGCUCCUCGAAACUCUGGGAAAGAGGGUGGACUUCUCAAGGCUGGGAGAGCAGAGGAAGCCGAAAUGAAGGCGUCUAGUAAACUGCGUGUUGGCAGAGCCUGUCCUGGGCUGGAAUUCCUUUAUCCUUGGUUGCUGAUCUUUGUCCAGUGGUUCGGCAGGUUGUAGUUCCAGCUCAAUGUUGAAGAGGAAAUAAAAGGUGCCCCUCACAGUUGCUGCUCUGCUUUCCCUGUGGAGAUCCAUGUCGCCUCAUCACACCCAGUUCCCAGUGGCCUUUCAGCAUGUCCUGGUUUAGUGGCAUACUGGUGCCCAAAGUGGACGAGCGGAAGACUGCUUGGGGGGAGCGGAAUGGGCCCAAGCGCCAUCGCCCAGCGCUCUGCGGCCCGCGCUACAUGAGCUGCUUGCAGGACCCGGAACUGGAGCGAGGAGGCAGUGGGGGACUUGGGCUCAAUUGUUCGUGGCAGGAGGACCACUAUGGCAAGAAGCAGCCGCUGUCACCUCCACCGCCUGCCAGCGGGGCAGGGGACUUGGGGCUCAAAGCCGUGGACUUGGGCUUUGAGGACAGUGGGGGAACUGCGGCGGAGACCAAGGGGUUCUCGGCCAGGGACUGUGGCCGGCGCCUCCUGCACGUGUUCCGAUCCAAGCGUUUCCAGUCAGCCAAGCUGGAGCGCCUCUACCAGCGCUACUUCUUUCAGAUGAACCAGAGCUCGUUGACUGUGCUCAUGGGAGUCUUGGUGCUGGCUUGUGGCAUCAUGCUGGUAUUCCACUGUGUGCCUGGCAGCCCUCGUGUGCCGUACGCUGCCGCCCUGGCUGUAGCAGCCGCCCUCUUCCUCUCCCUUAUGUUUCUGUGCAACCGGACCAGCUUCCAUCAGGACUGCAUGUGGGCUGUGAGCUACCUAGUCAUCGGGGCACUGUGUGGGGUGCAGGCUCUGGGCACCCUUCUGGUCUCGCCACGAAGUGCCUCCGAAGGGGUCUGGUGGAGCGUCUUCUUCAUCUACAUCAUCUAUACUCUCCUGCCUGUACGCAUGCGGGUGGCUGUGCUGGCUGGAGCCUUGCUCUCGGUGCUUCAUUUGGUCAUCUCUUGGCAUCUAAACAAGACAGACUCCUUUCUUUGGAAACAGCUUGCUGCCAAUAGUUUGAUCUUCCUCUGCACCAAUGUCAUCGGCAUCUGCACUCACUACCCAGCUGAAGUGUCUCAGCGCCAAGCCUUUCAAGAGACCCGUGGUUACAUUCAAGCUCGACUACAUCUCCAGCGAGAAAACCGGCAGCAGGAACGACUCCUUCUCUCAGUGCUGCCUCAGCAUGUUGCAAUGGAGAUGAAAGAGGACAUCAACACCAAAAAGGAAGACAUGAUGUUCCACAAAAUCUACAUCCAGAAACAUGACAAUGUCAGCAUUUUGUUUGCUGACAUUGAGGGAUUCACGAGCCUGGCCUCGCAGUGCACAGCACAAGAACUGGUCAUGACGCUGAAUGAGCUUUUUGCCCGUUUCGACAAGUUGGCUGCGGAGAAUCAUUGCCUGCGCAUCAAGAUCCUUGGGGAUUGCUACUAUUGUGUCUCAGGGCUGCCGGAGCCACGGGCAGAUCAUGCCCACUGCUGCGUAGAGAUGGGUGUGGACAUGAUUGAGGCCAUUUCGCUGGUGCGUGAAGUGACCGGGGUGAAUGUGAACAUGCGUGUUGGGAUCCACAGCGGGCGUGUGCAUUGUGGAGUGCUGGGGCUGCGCAAGUGGCAGUUUGAUGUCUGGUCCAAUGACGUCACCCUGGCCAACCAAAUGGAGGCUGGUGGCAAAGCUGGGCGGAUCCACAUCACCCAGGCAACACUGCAGUACCUGAAUGAGGACUACGAAGUGGAACCAGGGCACGGGGGCGAACGCAAUGCCUACCUCAAGGAGCAUAACAUCGAAACCUUCUUCAUUGUGGGCUGCAGCCAGAAACGAAAAGAGGAGAAAGCCAUCUUGGCCAAGCUGCAAAGGGCUCAGGCCAAUUCCACCGAGGGGCUGGUGCCUCGCUGGGUCCCUGAACGCUCGUUUCCUCGGACUAAGGACUCCAAGGCUUUCCGGCAGAUGGGUAUUGAUGAUGCCAGUAAGGACAAUCGAAGCACCCAGGAAGCCUUAAACCCCGAAGAUGAGGUAGAUGAGUUUCUGGGUCGUGCCAUCGAUGCCCGAAGUAUUGACCAGCUGCGCAAGGAUCAUGUUAAGCGCUUCCUGCUGACUUUCCAGAAACCUGAGUUGGAGAGAAAGUAUUCCAAAAAGGUAGAUACCCGUUUUGGGGGCUAUGUGGCUUGCACCGUGCUGGUCUUCUGCUUCAUAUGCUGUAUCCAGAUUGUCAUUUUCCCUCACUCCGGUCUGAUGCUUGGUGCCUACAUCAGCAUCUUCAGCAUCCUGAUCACCAUCCUUUUUGUGUGUGCCAUCUACUCUUGCCUUGGGCCCUUUCCAGCCACUUUGCAGCGUGUUUCCCGCAAGAUCAUCCAGUCCCGAAUUAACAGCACAAUCACAGGUGUCACUGCCAUCCUGCUUGUGUUCAUCUCAGCUUUCAUCAACAUGUUUGCUUGCAGUCGGCUCCGGCUCCAAGACUGUGUUGCUGGAUUUCUCAACAUGACUCCAGCCCAGGUGGAGCCUUGCCACCUCCAUGUCCUCAACUAUUCAUUGGCAUCAGACACUUUGCCCUGCCAGGGAAAUGGUGCUUCUAACUGCAGCUUCCCUGAGUACUUCACAUACUCAGUGCUGCUGAGUCUGCUGGCCUCCUCCGUUUUCCUGCACAUCAGUAGCCUUGGGAAGCUGGCGCUGCUGGUGGGGAUGGAAGUUGUGUACCUGGCCCUGGCGGAGGGUCCCCAAAGAGUGCUGUUUGACAACUAUGACUUGUUGGUGGUUGCAAACGCCUUCAGUCCAGCAUUCAAUGAAACGCACAGUGCUCAAAACUGUAUCGCAGAGGGCAAAGUGGCCUUGCAGUACAUGACUCCUGUCAUCCUCCUCCUUUUUGCACUGGCGCUCUAUCUGCAUUCCCAGCAGGUGGAGUCCACAGCCCGUCUAGACUUCCUCUGGAAACAACAGGCUACAGGUGAGAAAGAAGAGAUGGAAGAAUUGCAGGCCUACAACCGCCGGCUGCUGCACAACAUCCUGCCCAAAGACGUAGCCGCCCACUUCUUGGCUCGUGAGCGCCUCAACGAUGAGCUGUACCACCAGUCAUGCGAAUGUGUGGCUGUCAUGUUUGCCUCAAUCAGCAACUUCUCCGAGUUCUACGUUGAGCUGGAAGCCAACAACGAGGGUGUUGAAUGUUUGCGGCUGCUCAAUGAAAUUAUUGCCGAUUUCGAUGAGAUCAUUAGUGAUGAACCUUUCAAGCAGCUGGAGAAGAUCAAGACAAUUGGCAGCACCUAUAUGGCAGCUUCAGGGCUGAAUGACAGCACCUAUGACCGUGAAGGGCGCUCCCAUAUCACAGCUCUGGCCGACUAUGCGAUGCGACUCAUGGAGCAGAUGAAAUACAUCAACGAGCACUCUUUCAACAACUUCCAAAUGAAAAUUGGACUAAACAUUGGGCCAGUGGUGGCAGGGGUGAUUGGAGCCCGAAAACCACAGUAUGACAUCUGGGGCAACACCGUGAAUGUCUCCAGCCGUAUGGAUAGCACUGGUGUCCCUGACCGCAUUCAGGUGACAACUGACCUCUAUCAGGUAUUGGCAGCCAAAGGUUACCAGCUGGAGUUUCGUGGAGUUGUCAAAGUCAAAGGCAAAGGCGAGAUGACCACCUAUUUCCUGAAUGGUGGCCCUACCAGUUAGCCUUUGCUGCCAAGGGACCUAUUAAGCUGGUCUUAGGCAGUGUGGGGUCAAUUGGUUCGUUCCCUUUUUCUUUCUCUUGCUCUGUUUGCUCUGGAUUUCAGACAUACCCUCCUAAAAUGCUGAGGGGGGAAAGAAGGCACCCUACAACCUCCAAAGUAGGUUUCGUCUGUGGUGUUGGAAGGAGAGGAACUGUCAGGGGUCACUUUACACCCGAAGAGACUUAUUUUUUAUUUAUUGGGAGCAAAAGCCUACCUUACAGCAUCCCCUUUUGGGUCCUGCGUGGGCACUGAUUUGUAAGUAAGGGAAAGAAAUCCAUUACUGCAAACCUUCUGCUUCUCCUGGGAUGAACUGAAGAACUUGGCAACAGGAACCUGCAGCAGGACUUUUAAGACCUUGCCUGUUCAUAUUUGUGGAUCCAGAAAGCGGAUGUUUGGUUUUAUUGUUUGUAUGGGGGUGGAGAGGGUUUUGUCCUUCUCCCAUUCUCUUGGCCAACAUUGCCUGGAUGUUUUUGAGAGGUGCCCUUUACCCAGACUUUCAGAAAGAGACGCAGCACAGUCCUGGCGGGGAAGCGGCUUGCCUCCCACCCAACACGUCUCGAUUGUGGUGUCCCUCCCUUCAGAAGAGCCACUUUGCCUCUGACUCUUUGUUUCUCUCUUUGACACAUACGCACAUUCACUGUGACAUUUGGGGAUGUGCCUCUUCUUUUGUAGCAAGGGGUCGUUGUUCCUGGGGGUACAGUUCUCAUUUGCCAAAUUAUUUAGUCUGAAGGACCUGUGGUGACAAACACUGGGAGUGUACCCCAAGAAAAAGGGGCCUUUGGGUGGCAUUGGUGGUUUUGAUGCCAAAGAGUAGGCAGGGAGUGGGCUUGGUUCCCUCCACUUCCCCUGCCAUAUCUUCUCCCAUACUUACUUUGAAAGAGUUACUGCUUUGGGCUCCAAUGCCCCAAAUUCCCCACAGCCAGCAUACUUGGGGAUUUGUAGUCCAAAAAGUAACAUUCUCUUUCUCUCCGUGGCAGAAUGAAAGAAGUGUACCCACGCCAUGGAGAGACAACUUGCCUUAGUUUCCUAACAUUAGGGGAAUGUGGUUUUGUCUGUAUCCCCAUUUUUCCACCUUCCUGUAGAAAGGAGCCUCUUUCUCGUUAUGAGAGCCCACCAAGAAAAGAAUUAGCUGUUUUUUCGCAGGGGCUCUGUCCUGAAAAUGGAAGUGGGAGCAAGCUUCUUCCUUUCAUUAUGGUCCUUUUGUUACUAUGUGCCAAGUCUCCCUCCUCUGCCCAUAAGAUUUCUCUCAUUGGUCUUCACCUCAAAUGGUUUGUCCCUCUGGACUCAAUUUCUUUCAGGGUGGAAGGAGAUGGGGUCAGGGAGGGGAAAUCCUCCAUUUUUAAAAUAUAUGUUUACAAACACAUUUGUUCCAGAACAGUUCUUAUACUUUCCCUUUUUUCCUCCUAUUCUCCCAUUAUCCGCUGAGAUACUUGUAUGAACUUGGAACAAGCUGGGGCCUGACUGCAUUUGUGAAUAGUUGCCCUGGACUCCAUCAGUUGUGUAGAGCAGUGGUUCUCAACCUGUGGGUCCCCGGGUGUUUUGGCCUGCAACUCCCAGAAAUCCCAGCCGGUUUACCAGCUGUUUCUGGGAGCUGAAGGCAAAAAAUCUGGGAAUCCAUAGGUUAAGAACCACUGGUGUAGAGGAAGAUGUGUGUGUGCAUGUUAGAAAAACAGAACUUGGGGAAAUUACAUUUUAGGACUGCCUCUCACAGUCCUUCAGCCCAUAACGCCAGUGGCUUGGGGCACCUGAGGUGUGCAGUCCAAAAUCAUUUUUCCAAGGAGAAAACAGGUAAGGCACUUCUCAGCAAAGAGCUAUGUGUGAAAUACAAGUUGAAGAGCAUUUGGCAGUGUGAGUUCAAGAGAAGGAGAUUCCUGCAGUCAUGUUUUCAGCAGAUUGAGGAGGUUCCAUUUCUGUCUGAACAAGCCCCAGUCACCUUUCCGAGGUUUUAAAUGCUUAAAAAAGCUCUGACUCUUUAGUGACAACAGACUGUGCGUAAAAUGUACACGUGAUGAGCACAGGUUUGGGGAAGGGCCACUAUGUGUAGACAUGGGGCAGAUCUUACUAAUGCAAGUUCACCAUCAGAGCCUCCAGCCUGUGGCUGUGCAGAGAAAAGUGGCUUCGAUUUUGAGAAUGCUUUGUUUACUGAUUGUUGCCUUGACUCUAUUUAUGGGUCAGCAGACAUCUCUGAUAGCAAAGAUUUGUAGCCCAUUUCGGUUCUGUCCGUGUUGUUUUCUCCCUUUUCUGGAGGAGAUGACAUUAUGAUGGCUGCAACAAAUGUUUUCUUCCCCUGGAGGGGACCACCUUUGGCCCCUUUCCACUAAUUUCAAGAGGACUCUAUCUUUGUAGCAGCUCUGAACUGAGUGGAUUGCAAGUAUUUGUGCAGAAGAGACCCCUUCCUAUUUUGAGGUUUCCAUUGAAUUUAAUACUGUCAAAAUUGCAACACUUGUCUCUCUCUCUCUCCCUUCUCCCCUUGCUUCCCACCUCAUUUCCACAUGUCAAGUGGGAUUCUCAUACUAAAACAGAGUUUCCUUAAAAACAAAGUUUAUUUUGCUCAACUUCUUGCUAAAAGUGGCACCAGUCAGAAACAUUCAAGCCAUUGGAAAGCAAGAUAAGUCUCUUUGUUGGGUCUCUGUUCUUUUUAAAGCAGAUGAAUGAAGGGGAAAACCAAGUGUUUUUAAUGCAAAAAAUAAAUCCAAAUUAAGUGACUUUUUUAAAGCAAGUUGGGGAAAAACUUUUUUAAAAAAAACAUUCUUGAUGGUUAAGAAAGCUAUUUUAUUGCUUUAAAUGUUUUAACAGGAAAGUUGUUUUUUUUUUUUUUUUUUUUUUAAUGGGCAGCAACUGCCCUGGUGCACAGCCUGUGCGUUAUUGAUGGGGAUUUGCUAUGGGGAAGGAGAAAGGGGAUUGGGAGGGCACCAUCCAAUCCAGAUUUCCCCAUUCCCUUGACAGCUGGUCCUUAAAUGGUUCAGUUGUAUUCCUUGGGGGAGACAUGUGAGUGGAGUGGGCGAUAUGGCACUUAUUUGGUACUCUUUUUCUUUUGUGUGUGUGUACAUAUAUAUAUAAAUAUAUAAAUAUAUAAAUUAUAUAUUAAAGAUCACUUUCUAUUA